CUGCCCUCGUGCUCCCCCGAUUUGGCCAUGGGCGUCCGCCGGCAGGCCUCUCCCAACAUUGGUGUUGACCGGCCGAACGCCUGCUAAGACUCGGGUGGGUUGAGCUCUUGGGGCACGCGCGAAGAUGCUCGGCCAACUCCUCCACUCCAUCAAUCCCUCGCGCCGAGGCCCCCCUCGACAGUCCUCCCAGCUCGAGUCGACCACCGACGAUAUCCAUACGCGUAAUCUCCUUUUCCCGGACGCCGCCACGCUUCACCAGACCGACUGGCAAUACAGUACCCUCAAUGGGUCCCCGCUCGCGAGCAUUCCGCCAACUAGUGCUUUCGAUGGCGCUCAAGGAGAGAUUGACUUGGAGCAUUCAAGAGAUAUACGCAUCAUAAUAGCGCAAGAUGAAUCAGGAACCAUGCCCAAGACUGUCCUGUUCGACUCGAAGCCAGGACUCACGCUUCCCGGAUCACCCACACAGGCGAACCCCCGCACAAGACUCUUUGGCCCAAACUCCGGCUCUAGCACUGCUGGUCCUACAUUCGGUGGCUCACACGCCCGAAGAGCCUCUCUCGUGACCGAGACUGUCACCCCGCGAUCGCCUACGGUCGGUGCCUUUCAGCGUGCCCGCGGGCGUGGAUCUUCCAUAUCCUCCAUGCCCAACAUCGACGAGCACACACAGGGCCGAACAAAGGAGUCUGCAGAUCUGAUGCAGAUAUGUCUCGACUGCAUGUUUGGCAACACCCCAAUGGCCUACAGAGGUCCAAGCAACAAACUCCACAUUGUUCCAUUAGAACCACGUCAAGUCGAGCCAUCCACGGCCAGCCCACACAUGUAUGAUGGCACGAGCUCUUUCGGGCGAGCUGAAGGCCGCAGAAAGAGCCAUCUUGCCAAGUCUUAUACACCCUCAAACCCCCCUUCCGAGCUACCUCAGUCUGUAGCUGAAGCUCAUGAUUCUGCCCAGAGAGAGCCCAGGCGACGGACUGUUCUCAUAACUCGCACCUUCUCUGUCGAACCUCCUGAAGAGGAGCAAACAGGAGAUACCACAAACACGCGAACCCCGACUCCCGGAAACUCUCUUGGCAAAGGGAAUGGCUUUCCGUUUCCUCCUUCAACACACGGGUCGUCCGUCGAUUCAGACAGACGUGCUGGAUGGGCUGUCGUGGAUUCCAACUUUGGGGUGGAUUCCCUCCUUUCCGCGUCUUUGAGCAGCGACGUUGAUGACCGUGUCGACGUUAUUGGCCAGCACAUGGACGUCAUUACUCGCACUCUGACGAGCCUCCAGUCAGUCGUCCAUGACAGAAUUCUGGCCCAUUUCAAGAGCACGGAAGUUGGCUCUCCACUCAUGAUGCAACAGCCGCGCGUUCAGGCUGGUCGAUUAGUGAACCAGCAUGCCCCGCCGCCUCAAGCACGUCGCUAUCUGAAUCUCAAGCCCAACGUAUUGGCUUUCGAUAAGGAUAUCAAAGCUGCGGUGGAGUUAGCAGGGGAUAGAGUCGUCCGCGGGAUGAGGAUUCCUCGCGUCGUAACCGGCCAGGGCCGAUGGGGUGUCUGGCGAGAGGAGGCUCGAUUGCUUGAAAAGAUGGCAGGCGGUCGCGACCAGGACUUCUUCUUCUUCAAGCUCUUAACAGCCUUCCUCGGAAACCAUACCGAAUGGCUCAAUAUUCUAGGCCCCAAAUGGUAUCGGAGGCGACAUCGCGAGCAGCAACGAUCCAGCGCUGGCAACGAUUUGACAAUCUCCAGCCGAACCGUCAUCAUUUCGGACAAUAAGAUGAUUUCUCGGAGAUUGAUUUUCCUCUUGGCUGCCUUCAUGCCGUCCUCGUCGCAUGCGCUUUCUGAUGAGUUGGCAUCCAUGCGACCAAGCACAUCAGCAUCGUUCCGCGCAUAUUCCCAAUCGCCGCCGUCGAACAUGCCUGUCUCGCGGCAGCAGUCAUUGCGAAGAACUAUCAACAGGAGGGGCAAGCAGAGCUACACGAAUAUGCGGCUACAGCCGCCUGGAGCAAAGGGGAACAAUCUUUCGACACUAGAGUCUGCUGAUGAUAAGCCUGAAAUGAACCUUCCUCCUCCAGAGUCUUUCCGUGCGCGCCACUCUCGACAGCCUUCAGCACGGUCAGUUCGGACUAGUCUCUUAAUUCCGUCCAUGUCGGAUAGUACGAAUACUACUACGAGUGGCGCGGCAACGACGUCCACGGUUACGUCUGACGCAGCUCUCCCUGUGGCUCAUUUCACUGUCCCACGUACCCCCUCCUACGACACUACCACAGAACGUCGCCCGGGCAGCAGUGAUAGUCUCGCGUCAACAAAUCUGAUGAAUACCCUACAACGAAGUACCAGUGGGCACGUUAGUAGCCCUAGCACCGACUCGCAAUCCGCGAGUCGAUGGGGCAGCUUGAUAAGCUUUUGGGGAGGUCCCCGUCGUGGCUCCUCAACUGAUCAGAGUGAUAUAUUGCAGUCGACUGAUGAUGGAUUAGGCAUCACUGGCGUAGGAUAUAAGAAACAAACUCCGCUUUCCCCUCGGAAACAGAUGAAUGCACUUGAGCAAAUGGUGCACGAGCUCCAAAGCGGAGCUCGUAUCGACGGGGAUGAGAUCGAGGUUUUUGAUUCCUCCGUCGGCAACACCGCCGAUAAUUCCCCAGAGCAACGACCUAUUGGAUCAAGUGGCAUUCAACCGUCGGCCGCUCGAGACAUUCCUGAAAGACCUAGAGCAUAUGAUUCACCUCUGAAGUUGUCUGUCAAUGAGAAGGAUGGUAUCAUUGAUGUCGACAUCCCUCUACCAGAAUUUGGGUCGCCUCUACAAUCUCCCCUUCUGGCAGGAUAUAACUCAAAUUCAAGCCUAGAGGGAUCUAGCUUCGGCCAAUCUUCCUUCUUCUCAGUUUCCCACCGAGAGACUGAACAGCCUGUCAAUGUAGCCGGGUGGCUCAGCCAAUUCCACCCCGACUUCGCCCUCCAGAGCGUCAAGCCCUACGCGAACCUCAUAGAAGACCUCAAGCGCGCAAUGAGCGCUGAGCCGACCCCCAGCUCCUCCGCCGCGACGCCAACAAUCGAACAAGGCCCCGUGAAGCGCUGGAUCGAGGUUUGCAGCGCCCUCGUCGCCGACACAAGCACCUUCACGGUCAAGCGCAUCCGCCUCCGCCGCGAAGUCCAGAUCCUGCCCACCCCCACCCAAGCUCCCGCCACCCCCGGCUUCAACGGCUCCCAGCGCUCGCAGUACGGGAACCCGUACUCCCAGUCAUCCACGAUCCCUCCCUCGCCUAUGGAGCGCAGGAUCCAGGAAGAGUUCAUCGAGGAGCCCGUCUCCGACUUCGACGGCAUCUUUGUAGACGCCGUGGAGCGGGUGCUCGCGCAGAGCGGACAACCGUCGCGGAAUGACUCUGCUUCCUCCUCGAGGUCCAGCUCGAGAAGGGGUAGACGCGAUCGCCGGUCUGGGUCUGACGCCGCGCCUGGGCUCGAGAUCCCGCGAAGCGAAUGCAGGCAGCUCGUCUUCAGCGCGCUGGAGCAGGUCGUCAAGAGCGUCACCGCCGAGCGGACGAGCGCGGGAUUGGGGUUCCCGAGGGAUUGGACGACCCGGAGCGGGGGCAAGAUGUCGGCCGAAUCGACGCUCAAAGAUGGGAUCAGGCGGUGGCUUAGUGAGGUUGAGGAGGUGCAUUGAGGGCUCUAUGCUUGUAUUAUCAUAUCUGGAGGCUCAUCUACGGUCUAUCUUUUUCUCUCUAUGGCGGGUCAUUUUUUUGUUGUUUAUGGUCGGUCUACAGCGUUUUAGCGGGCGAAUGGGUUUGAGUCGGUGGCUUCUUUUGCUGGCUUCUUUUUAUGGUACCGGGAUGCUACCUAAUCGGUCUUCUCGAUUGGUGUUUGGGGGGAUCGAGGUGGGUUACUUAAUGAUGGCGCGUGCGGGUUUACGGCAUAGCUCGAGAUGAUGAUGAAGAGGCAGAGAAGAAAAUAGAACCAAUGUGUAAAAAAAAAUAAAAAAUUCUACUG